UGAUCAAAUUCGAAAAUUGUAUUUUGAAGCGAGGCAAAAUGUCUUGGCUCCAACGUUUCAAUAAUUUAUGCAGCUUUUCUAGCUUACUGAUCGCAACGCUGAUAUUUCUGCAGUGCAUUUGUAACGGCGCAGCCAUAAGAUGCUUUGUCUGCGAUUCCAGCGUUAAUCCCAGCUGUGCUGACUUAAAAUCAAAUUCCACCAUGGUUGCCGAGGAAUGUUCAUUGGAGAAAACUAAGUCUUUGAACACUUGGCUAUUUGAAUUGAAUAAAUUUUCAUAUUUUGAUACUGGCACCAAUAAAGAUCCUUUGAUGAAUUGCCAAAAAGUGGUGGCAAAAGAUCCCACUAACAAUAAAAUGGUGACAGCACGUUUCUGUCAACUGGACACAGCAGACUCGAAUUCCUGUUCCAUUUUGCGCACAAAACUGAAAAUAAAUGCUGAUGGCACCUACUCCCAAAACAACAACAACGGCCGACGUGGAAAGCAUGGUUCAAAUGGUAAAGCCGAAGAGCAACAACAGUUCCACUGUUCUAUUUGCAAUACGGACUCUUGCAACGGCAGCACAGUAAAAACCCUGACCGGAAGUGCAUUUAGUGUUAUUUUACUCCUAAUAAUGCAACAGUUGAGCGUGUGGUGAAACUGUGGCAUGCAACAUGGCAGAAAGGAAGAUUAAAACUGAUAAUAAAACGAGAAUAAUGAUGACAAUGACGCUUUGAAAAAAAAAAAUUAGUAAAAUUAAAAGUA